UGUAAUCUUUUAUGACGAAAUACAGCUGACAAGAACCUCUACCACUGUGCGAACAUAUUUUUGGAAAGAGGACACUUCUGGCCUAAUCAUUCAUGACAUGGCUUUGGUAGAUCUUUUUCCUUUUGAAUGGUUGCUUUAUGCAUCAGAUGUACACACUCUGCAUUUGAUUACAGUUUAGUCAUCCUUGAACAACAUCAAAAGACGUCUAAACAAAGACAAUAUAAAAGCUUUCAUUUGUCAGGGCCUAUUGCAUAACAUAGAAGCACUGAACUGAACAGUAAUUGUGUAUAGCUGACGGGUUGAGGCCGUUUGCCUCAGACAGCUGGUGUGAGCAUAUCUAUCUGCACUAUUCAUGAACUGCUGUGAAACUCGCAAUGAAAUAAGGGUUAAGGAAGCAGCAAUAUAAUUGUAAACGAUGGCAGAACCAAAAAACAAUUAUGGUGAAGAAGAAAAUGGAAAGAAUGAAGAAGCAAGGGAUCGAGAUGGAGAAGUAAAAGAUAUAAAAGUUGAGGAAGAACAAAAAAAUGAAAAUCACUGUGAUGAAGAGGCAGCAGAAAAUAAUGAAAAAAGAAAUGAAGGGUCUUCUGGAAAUAUAAAUCCUGCGUUAUCGACUGAAUAUGAGAAGAUCAGUUUAAAUUCUGACAAAAGGGACGAUGACGAAAAAGACAUGUCUCCAGAAAAGAAAGGCCAUUUGAAUAAGGGUUUUGCAAUGGAUUACUUAACUCCAGAGGGCAAUUCAGUCAAUAACGAGGAUAAAAAUUCCAAUGGAGCAAUGAAGAAAUGGCAGAACAGCCUUGAUAUUUCAGAUAUGCAAGAAAACGAAAAACCAGAAGCUGAAAAAAGUCAUGAAUCGCAAAAGCAGGAUAAGAAAAAAUCCAAACAGUCUCCGUUUAAAAAUGCAUUUUUUAUUUCAAAGUAUGUUACUUUUUGGUGGAUGCAGAGUUUGUUUUCCAUUGGCUACAAAAAGGUGCUAGACGCAGAGGAUUUAUAUGACAUCACACCAAAUGAUAGUUCCAGCGUGCUUUGCGAAAAACUUGAAAGAGAAUGGUACAGAGAAGCUUACGAUGAAAAUGGUAAUAUAAAGGAGAAUGCAUCGAUUAUAAAAGUCAUUUUUCGCGUUUUCGGUUGGAAGUAUAUGUUGCUGGCAAUUCCAUCUUUGCUUGCAGAAGGCUUCAGGCUUGCUCAGCCCGUCUUUCUUGGCAUGGUUACUGAAUACUUCUCAAAACCAAACACAAGCGACAGCAGAAAAAAUGCUUACCUGUACUCCCUUGGCCUAUGCCUGUGUGCACUUGCAACAAGUUUGAACAUGAUACCAUUGAAUUUCACAAGACAAAGAAUUGGAAUGAGAGUAAGAAUUGCAAUGUGUGCAUUGGUCUAUAAAAAGAUUCUACGGUUAAGCAACAAAGCUCUUUCUCAAACUACAACAGGACAUAUUGUUAAUCUCGUUUCAGUUGAUGCUCAGAAGCUUGACUUUGCUGCCCUGUUUUUGCAUUAUCUGUGGAUCAGUCCAAUCAUUAUGGCUGUGUCAGGCUAUUUACUAUGGCAAGAAAUAGGCGUUUCUAGCCUCUCUGGGCUCGGGCUGUUGUUGUUGCUAGCGCCACUGCAAAUGGGAAUGGGAAAAUUGCUCAUGAAUUUCAGGCGGCAAAUAGUAAAAUACACUGAUCGGAGGGUAAAGGUGAUGAAUGAAGUCAUUUCUGGGAUGCGAGUGCUAAAGCUAUACACCUGGGAAGAUCCUUUCACGCAGCUCGUUGAAUCCUUGAGAAAGCAAGAAAUUCGCGAAGUGAGAAAGCUGUCAUUCCUCCGUGCAACAUUCAUGUCUUUUUUCUUCAGUUCAGCAUCACUUGUCAGUUUUAUAACUAUGAUGACCUAUGUCCUAGCUGGAAAUUCAUUAACAGCAAGAAAGGUUUUCACUUGUGUUGCCUUGUUCAAUGGCUCGAGACUGGUCAUGACAUUUUUCCCGAUCGCUGUGACAUUGAUGAAUGAAGGCCGGGUUUCUCUAGAAAGGAUGCAGAAAUUGCUUUUGAUGGAUGAGCUACGAGCUCCCGGUAUGGAGAAAACAAACUUGCGCCCUAGAUCUUUCAACUGUCAAGUUACUAUCGAUCGUCUACAUGCAUCAUGGACAAAGGAGGCAGAGACAUUGAAAGACAUCAGCUUGACGGUGGGACAGGGCGAAUUGGCAGCUAUUGUUGGUCCAGUUGGAUCAGGCAAGUCAUCUCUGUUGAUGGCAAUGCUGGGUGAGUUGGCUGCUACAAGCGGAACUGUGAAUACCUCAGGAAAAAUUGCGUUUGUCUCUCAAGAGGCGUGGAUAUUCAAUGGAACGCUGAAAAACAAUAUAACUUUUGGUCAAGAGCUGAAUGAGAAGAAGUACCGACGCGUUAUUGAAAUCUGCGCUUUGGAAAAGGACAUCGAAAUGCUUCCCCAAGGUGAUAUGUCUUUAGUAGGAGAGAGAGGGGUCUCUUUAAGCGGUGGCCAAAAAGCAAGAGUCAACCUAGCAAGAGCUGUGUAUUUUGACGCCGAUAUUUACAUUCUUGACGAUCCUUUGAGUGCUGUAGAUGCCCACGUGGGACGACAUCUUUUUGACCAGUGCAUCAAUGGCUACCUAUCAAACAAAGUAAGAAUCUUGGUUACACACCAACUGCAGUACAUCUCCGACGCUGAUCAAGUCUUGGUCCUGUCAGAAGGAAAAUGUCUCGGAAAGGGGUCAUUUGACAGCUUGUUAGCGAGUGGCAUCGACUUCAUGAGCCUGCUGCAAGCAAGCGAUGAUCAAGAUUCUGCAGUAGAUACCGACAUCGAUGACGACGGGCGGGCUCGCAGUUUUAGUCGACAAGAAAGCGGUGUCGACGAAACUAGAGGGUCACCAAAUAUCUUGAGGAAGGUUUCAAAUGCUCACAGAAAAAGGACCCCUAGUGCUGUCAGUGAAAGAAGAUCAAGCCCUUCAAUAGUCAGGAGAAGAAAGGAGAGCAUUUUGUCACACAAUGACCCAGACAACUUAGGCUCUGAUCUCAGCGUAGCAAGCAAAGCUGCAAGCGUUAAAGUUUUUGAGGAGAGAAACAUGCCAAAAGAAUUCAAAUUCGAAGGAGCCGUCACAUAUCGCUCUUACCUGAAGCUUUUUCGAGCAGGCUUUGGUUUGAAAAUCUGGAUACUUGUGUUAUUGAUGUUUAUAACAUGUCAAGGAGUAUACAUCGUCGCUGACUGGUGGCUGUCCCGAUGGACAAACGAGGAAGAGAAAAACCCAAGUUACAAACACAGAAAUCGAGAUUUGGGAAUCUACGCUGCACUUGUAAUUUGUCUCGUUGUUCUCGGCAUAAGCCGGGCCUUUCUGUUCUUCCACGUGAUGUUACGUUCAUCAAGAUCUCUGCACGAUCAAAUGUUUAGAGCUACACUUCGGGCCCCACUUCGCUUUUUUGACACCAAUUCCAUAGGCCGUAUCCUGAAUCGAUUCUCAAAAGACACUGGUAUUGUUGAUGACAUGUUUUCGUUUGUUUUUUUCGACUUCAUCCAGACUGUUUUGAUUGUUCUUGGAAUAGUACUUCUCGUUUGUGCCAACAAUCCUGUGGUCUUUGCUUGGGCAACUCCUGUUAUCAUCCUUUUCCUACUUCUGCGGUACUACUACAUCAAAACAGCCCGCGAAGUGAAGAGAAUCGAAGGCCUUAAUCGCAGUCCUUUAUUUGGUAACGUCUCUACAACUCUUCUUGGGCUACCAACUAUACGUGCCUUCAGAGUACAGGAACGAUUUUUUGACUUCCACUUCAAAUACCAGGAUGAGCACACAAAAUCUUGGUUUGCUUUCAUUGGUUCAGCCGCAUGGCUUGCCUGUAGACUCGAGAUUUUGUCUUUACUCUUUAUUUCAUUCGUUUUGUUUAUCUCUGUGGCUCUACGUGAUGAGUUUGGUUUGACUGCUGGUCAGGUUGGUCUUAUACUGGCCUACACUAUCAAUAUCACAGGAGUUUUCCAGCAAUGUGUGCGACAAAGUACGGAGUUUGAGAAUCACAUGACCUCUGUCGAAAGAAUCCUUGAGUAUUGUGAUCUACCACCAGAAGCACCCCCUGAAACUGACACGAAGCCUCCUGCUAAAUGGCCAGACCGAGGCUCUAUUCGAUUUCAAGAUUUGAGCUUCUGUUAUGCUGAUGGCCUCCCUUACGUGCUAAAAGACGUCAAUUGCCAUAUCAAAUCCUCUGAAAAGAUCGGAGUGUGUGGAAGAACUGGAGCAGGAAAAUCGUCUCUUCUUACGACUUUGUUUCCUAGUGAGCCAAGUGGAAAAAUCAUUAUUGAUGGCAUGGAUAUUACGCAAAUGGGUUUGAAAGAUCUCCGAAGUAAAAUUUCUAUCAUUCCACAGGACCCGGUUCUGUUUGGUGGAUCGAUGCGGAAGAAUCUCGACCCGUUCUCUGAACAUUCAGACGCAGAUUUGUGGAAUGCACUUGAAGAGGUCCAACUGAAGGAUGCUGUUGAAGCAUUGCCAGGAAUGCUUGAGAGCCAGAUGGCCGAAUCCGGAAGUAAUUUGAGUGUUGGCCAGCGUCAAUUGGUCUGCCUUGCCCGAGCUGUUAUAAGAAGGAACAAGAUUCUUGUGAUUGAUGAGGCGACUGCUAAUGUCGACCCAGUGACGGAUGCCUUAAUUCAGACGAAGAUAAGGGAGAAAUUCAAGGAUUGCACCGUCCUCACUAUUGCGCAUCGACUGAACACGAUAAUGGAUUCCGAUCGGAUUAUGGUGUUAGAUGCUGGUCGAAUAAAGGAAUUUGAUAAACCUUACAAUCUGCUGAAAUCAAAGAACAAUUUGUUGUACAAACUUGUUGCCCAAACCGGAGGGGUGGAAGCACAAAAGCUUUUUGAAGCGGCACGAAAGUCCCACUUUGAGAAAAAGAGAGAAUCACUUAAAAAGAAGGAAAGCAAUGAUGACAAAUGCGGAGAAGAUGGAUUUGCGCAACCGGUAGAUAUCUCCGUAACAGUUAGCGUAGAGCCAUCACCAAUCAACCAGGGUGACAAUGCAUCAGAGGACUAUACGCUGAAAAUUGCACCAGAAACUGAUGGCCAGGAAAGUACGAGAUUGUGAAUUGUGAUUGCAUUGGUCGGUAUAUCUUUUGGUGUACGCUUCGGUGCUAGAUGCAGAUUACGUUAUGAAGGAACAUUUCAUAGACGUUUAAAGGACAGGGAGUUUUACAGCAAGAAGUGGCAACUCCAAGAAAGACUGGAGCGCCUGCUACAUUUGAUAAAUAUAAGCAGAUGAAACAGUAAUUCUACCUAACUUUUAUGAUAUCUAUUAUGUUUUUAUUAUUACAAUAAUUUCUAGAGAAAUUGAUUGCGCUAUGAUGCACUACUAGAAUGCAAUUAAAUGCUAUGUCUUCAUUAGCUAGGAGGUACCCCAGCAAAAUGCUUAAAAAUCUCAGAGUUGCUAGCAAUGUUUUCGCCAAUAUUUUAAUACCACAAAAAUUCUAAACCUCGAUUAAUUCUUAGAAGUAGCGCCAAAAACAUAAAGAUUUAGACCUUCCAUGAUACCUGUUAGAACUUGAUUCUUUUCAGAAAUUUUUAAGUAAGAAGGAAUUUCAAAAAGGUGCACUAUUUUUUGAGCGAUUCUUGUUUUCCAUUUAUAAACAGUUCCAUCUCCGGAGGUCAGUAAACUUGUCAAUAUAAUACAAAUUGUGUUGAAGGUCAAGCGAUUUGAGUUGACCGACUAUACCUCUCCGCCAUCUUUUUCACAUAUUCGCACACUCGAUCCUAUGCGGACGCUCCGUUGCAAAUGAAUGCCAAUUAAAAGACUCUCGGGGCAUACGUUAGCAGUUUGUCAUUACAUGUUGGUAGUAGUUAAAAAAGGCAAUGGGAAAAUAAGAAGCGUCCGAAUUGAGGACCAUACUGAAAAUUGCAAGUUACAGAAACACUUCUUAAGGGCUCGCAGUAGGCCACGCAGAGUCCGUAUAGGACGGAGGAACAUAAAAUCGUAUCUUAACAAACUUUCAAAAGUUAUAAAUUUUUGUACACAUAAUUAUAGCUAUUUCUAAAACGGACCCUUUGGUAUAUCCAGAAGAAGCCCAUUUGACUUUAUUGGUAUUUCAAUUCAUUUUCAAUCUUGCAUGCUCUGUAGAAAGCAUUAAAUAAACUUCAUAGUUCUAGCAAAUUAUUCAUGCAAUAAUUUCCGGCAAAAUAUUACUCUUUUCAUAAAGCCUUAAUGUGUUUUUUUGUUAGAUAUAUUUGGUAGUGUCAUGUUUUGAAUUAUAGCUGCAGUGAAUAAAAACGCUGAUUUAUUAUUUGAUACACAGAAAACGCAAAGAUUUUUAAAUUUGAAUUUUCCGCUGAAUCGUUAUUAUGUUUUUAAAUGUUCCUAGAAAAUAUUCUCUGAAAAACCUGGUGUUUUGUUUGAUUUUAAUAAAGCUGCCUGUUGAAAUAAAAUAUUUAAUCAUGAUAUUACAAAGCUAUUUCAAA